AAUGUUUAAAAAAAAAAAAAAAGUUAAGGGUAAUAUUGCUUUGUUUGCCACUUUAUAAUGUAUCUGAAACAUUUGUUCUUUAAUCUUAAGUGUAGAGAGGUCCAAGAACUGGAAAUUUGGGCAGUGGGUUUUGAUUUCUAAGGAGGCAGUUUUACAGGCUGGGCAAGGCUAACCCUACCAAUGAGAUCACACUGGCAUAUCCAAUAUUGACAUUUGCAUGUCUUGCCUAUGGUUUACAGCUCUCACUAUUUUAGAUCUUUGGUGAAAAAUCUUUAGAUUCAGAAGAGAAAAAUGAAAGAGUCAGACAAGCAAAAAGAGAUAACACCUCGUUUGUUUAAAAUCUUCCUACUGCCCAUCUCUUUGCAUCUGAUUGUGGCAGGCACUGUAGUCACAGGUUUGGUGUUGUGGGAUUGCAAGGGGCAGGUAUUGAAAGACCUGGCUCCUAGGCAAAACUUUGCCCCUGAAUGGCUGUGAGAUCUGAGCAGUACCUGUAACUCCAUUGCCUUAGCUGCAGACUAAGGUGGUAGUGUAAUUUCAGGGAAGGGAAUAAGGUCAUCUUUGACUUUUAGUCCCAUCAUCAAGCAUGGUGAUUGGCCUUCAGUAGGUGGUCAGAUAGUGCUUGUUGGGUGGAUGGGUGGAUGGAUGGAUGGAUGGAUGGAUGGAUGGAUGGAUGGAUGGAUGGAUGGAUGGAUGGACGGACGGACGGAUAGAUGAUAUUGUGAAAGAGACUUUUGCUGUGCCACAAAGGAAAGGUAUAUGUGUUGUUUUUAUCCUGCUAUGAUUUUGCCCAAUUCCACCUGUAGAGGACGUCUGACAUCAAAAGAGAGCACCAUCUGAUCCAGAGAAGGACUCCCCCUAUGCCUUUCCCAGCAAUCAGAUUAAGAAUCCCAAUCUAAAACUAUCACCAGAAAACUCCUCAGGAGAAACCAUGGGUCAUCUAGUCCAACCUCUCUCCUUUGAGUGGGCCACAAGAAUUUAGACCACCUUAUCAAUGGUGUUGAGAGAGUCUAGACGCACGCAGAAGUAGCUACCCUAAAAUCUAGGUUUCUUCUCCUCCCUCUUCCAUAGGUUUAACAUUUUUAUUAACUGGAGAGUUGCCCUGGCAAAUAAGAUGUUGCAGGAAUGGAAUUAACAAUCACUGUGAAAUUUCCUAGGGAAUGUCUUUGUGCUCUGAAAACUUCUUCAUCUUCUUGGAAAUUAGGAAGUGUGGCCAGACACCCUACUUAAGGGCUGGUGAAUCAGGGCUGGCUUUUUACAGUGUUCCACACUGGAGAGAUCCUACAUCAUGUUAAUUUGCAUCAUCCUGCGCUGUUGGCAUGGGCUGUAGAUGCUGGUCUUUGCCGCCUUACCUCCUUCAUUUGCCAGAGUGGCCCCCUGGUGGAAACUUCUUUCCUUGUCUGCUUCUAGACUUUCAUUCCUUCUACUAGUUGAUUAUGCUUAAAGAUUUCAGGGUGAAAAGCCAGGCAGACUUGCCUCUGUGUUGGUACCUGAAGGGUGAUGAUAAAAUUUCAUUGGCACUUGAGUUCAAAUGAUUGAGCUCCAAUAUCUGUUCUUAGAAGUAUAGAACUUAUUGUUCUAUUAUUAUUUUGUGGUUUUUCAUUUUUUGUUUUCGUAGAGACCUAGGUCUCACCAUGUUGCCCAGGCUAGUCUCAAAUUCCUGAGCUCAAGUGAUCCUCCUACCUCAACCUCCCAAAGUGCCAGGAUUAAAGGCAUGAGCCACCAUGCCUAGCCUAUUGUUAGUCUGUUUCUUAUUCUGAUAUGAAGUCCGGUGGGGAGGUUCUGAAGGAAUGCUGACUGCUCUUAAAAUUGCAAAGCAUCUUGCUGGAAAUGGACUUUUUUAUUGAUUAGAAAACAUUCGACUUUAACUCUUUAUAAACAUCAGAAUAAACUUUAUGAAUAAACACUUUAUAAAUACUUCUCUUUGGGGCUAAAGAGGAAACACCAACCAGCAGCCUAAGUGACAGCAUAAAAUUGCAAGAUUUUUCAUAAAGUAUUUUACUGUCCUUCCAGCAUAGGGAGGGAGUGGUAACUCAGGAGUUUGCCCAAGAGCAGGAUUGCUUGGUGGUGGUCUGAGGGGAGGAGCUACAGACUUGUCAGGGCUACUUUGAGCCCUUAACUGGCAUCCAGUACUCCCCAAAUCCAGUGCUGUUGAGGGUGGCCUCAGAAUGAAACAGGAGCUUAAGUUGGUUUUGAGGAGCAGUACCUGUUGCUGACAGACAGGGUUGGCUCCCUGACAAACAUUACUGAAAACACGGGUUAUUCCCCUCCUCCUCAGUACCCACUCUCUGCCGUCCUUCUCUUGUUUAGGCUAAUCUUUUAAAGUGAUGUAACUUAAAACAGUCCAGUGUGAGUUAAUCUCUGGGGCCAGCUAGUAUCCCGGGAGUAGAGGUGCUAAGAUCUUUUGCCUACAGAUCAGGGUGUUGGAGAGCACAAUGGCUGAACAAGUCCUUCCUCAGGCUUUGUAUUUGAGCAAUAUGCGGAAAGCUGUGAAGAUACGGGAGAGAACUCCAGAAGACAUUUUUAAACCUACUAAUGGGAUCAUUCAUCAUUUUAAAACCAUGCACCGAUAUACACUGGAAAUGUUCAGAACUUGCCAGUUUUGUCCUCAGUUUCGGGAGAUCAUCCACAAAGCCCUCAUCGACAGAAACAUCCAGGCUACCCUGGAAAGCCAGAAGAAACUCAACUGGUGUCGAGAAGUCAGGAAGCUUGUGGCGCUGAAAACAAACGGUGAUGGCAAUUGCCUCAUGCACGCCACUUCUCAGUACAUGUGGGGCGUUCAGGACACAGACCUGGUACUGAGGAAGGCACUGUUCAGCACGCUUAAGGAAACAGACACACGCAACUUUAAAUUCCGCUGGCAACUGGAGUCUCUCAAAUCUCAGGAAUUUGUUGAAACGGGGCUUUGCUAUGAUACUCGGAACUGGAAUGAUGAAUGGGACAACCUUAUCAAAAUGGCUUCCACAGACACACCCAUGGCCCGAAGUGGACUUCAGUACAACUCACUGGAAGAAAUACACAUAUUUGUCCUUUGCAACAUCCUCAGAAGGCCAAUCAUUGUCAUUUCAGACAAAAUGCUAAGAAGUUUGGAAUCAGGUUCCAAUUUCGCCCCUUUGAAAGUGGGUGGAAUUUACUUGCCUCUCCACUGGCCUGCCCAGGAAUGCUACAGAUACCCCAUUGUUCUCGGCUAUGACAGCCAUCAUUUUGUACCCUUGGUGACCCUGAAGGACAGUGGGCCUGAAAUCCGAGCUGUUCCACUUGUUAACAGAGACCGAGGAAGAUUUGAAGACUUAAAAGUUCACUUUUUGACAGAUCCUGAAAAUGAGAUGAAGGAGAAGCUCUUAAAAGAGUACUUAAUGGUGAUAGAAAUCCCUGUCCAAGGCUGGGACCAUGGCACAACUCAUCUCAUCAAUGCCGCAAAGUUGGAUGAAGCUAACUUACCAAAAGAAAUCAAUCUGGUAGAUGAUUACUUUGAACUUGUUCAGCAUGAGUACAAGAAAUGGCAGGAAAACAGCGAGCAGGGGAGGAGAGAGGGGCAUGCCCAGAAUCCUAUGGAACCUUCCCUGCCCCAGCUUUCUCUCAUGGAUGUAAAAUGUGAAACGCCCAACUGCCCAUUCUUCAUGUCCGUGAACACCAAGCCUUUAUGCCAUGAGUGCUCAGAGAGGCGGCAAAAGAAUCAAAACAAACUCCCAAAGCUGAACUCCAAGCCGGGCCCUGAGGGGCUCCCUGGCAUGGCGCUCGGGGCCUCUCGGGGAGAAGCUUAUGAGCCCUUGGCGUGGAACCCCGAGGAGCCCGCUGGGGGGCCUCAUUCGGCCCCACCGACAGCACCCAGCCCUUUUCUGUUCAGUGAGACCACUGCCAUGAAGUGCAGGAGCCCCGGCUGCCCCUUCACACUGAAUGUGCAGCACAACGGAUUUUGUGAACGUUGCCACAACGCCCGGCAACUUCACGCCAGCCACGCCCCAGACCACACAAGGCACUUGGAUCCCGGGAAGUGCCAAGCCUGCCUCCAGGAUGUCACCAGGACAUUUAAUGGCAUCUGCAGUACUUGCUUCAAAAGGACUACAGCAGAGGCCUCCUCCAGCCUCAGCACCAGCCUUCCUCCCUCCUGUCACCAGCGUUCCAAGUCAGAUCCCUCGCAGCUCGUCCGGAGCCCCUCCCUGCAUUCUUGCCACAGAGCUGGAAACGACGCCCCCGCUGGCUGCCUGUCUCAAGCUGCACGGACUCCUGGGGACAGGACGGGGACGAGCAAGUGCAGAAAAGCCGGCUGCGUGUAUUUUGGGACUCCAGAAAACAAGGGCUUUUGCACACUGUGUUUCAUCGAGUACAGAGAAAACAAACAUUUUGCUGCUGCCUCAGGGAAAGUCAGUCCCACAGCCUCCAGGUUCCAGAACACCAUUCCGUGCCUGGGGAGGGAAUGCGGCACCCUUGGAAGCACCAUGUUUGAAGGAUACUGCCAGAAGUGUUUCAUUGAAGCUCAGAAUCAGAGAUUUCAUGAGGCCAAAAGGACAGAAGAACAACUGAGAUCGAGCCAGCGCAGAGAUGUGCCUCGAACCACACAAAGCACCUCAAGGCCCAAGUGCGCCCGGGCCUCCUGCAAGAACAUCCUGGCCUGCCGUAGCGAGGAGCUCUGCAUGGAGUGCCAGCAUCCCAAGCAGAGGAUGGGCCCCGGGGCCUACCGGGGUGAGCCUGCCCCCGAAGACCCCCCCAAGCAGCGCUGCCGGGCCCCUGCCUGUGAUCAUUUUGGCAAUGCCAAGUGCAACGGCUACUGCAAUGAGUGCUUUCAGUUCAAGCAGAUGUAUGGCUAACCGGAAACAGGCGGGUCACCUCCUGUAAGAAGUGGGGCCUCGAGCUGUCAGUCGUCAUGGUGCUAUCCUCUGAACCCUCAGCUGCCACUGCAACAGUGGGCUUAAGGGUGUCUGAGCAGGAGAGGAAAGAUAAGCUCUUCGUGGUGCCCACGAUGCUCAGGUUUGGUAACCAGGGAGUGUUCCCAGGUGGCCUUAGAAAGCAAAGCUUGUAACUGGCAAGGGAUGAUGUCAGAUUCAGCCCAAGGUUCCUCCUCUCCUACCAAGCAGGAGGCCAGGAACUUCUUUGGACUUGGAAGGUGUGUGGGGACUGGCCGAGGCCCCUGCACCCUGCCCAUCAGGACUGCUUCAUCGUCUUGGCUGAGAAGGGAAAAGACACACAGUCAGGUGGGUUGGAGAAGCCAGAGCCAUUCCACCUCCCCUCCCCCAGCAUCUCUCAGAGAUGUGAAGCCAGAUCCUCAUGGCAGCGAGGCCCUCUGCAAGAAGCUCAAGGAAGCUCAGGGAAAAUGGACGUAUUCAGAGAGUGUUUGUAGUUCAUGGUUUUUCCCUACCUGCCCGGUUCCUUUCCUGAGGACCCGGCAGAAAUGCAGAACCAUCCAUGGACUGUGAUUCUGAGGCUGCUGAGACUGAACAUGUUCACAUUGACAGAAAAACAAGCUGCUCUUUAUAAUAUGCACCUUUUAAAAAAUUAGAAUAUUUUAGUGGGAAGACGUGUAACUCUUUGGGUUAUUACUGUCUUCUAAAGAAGUUAGCUUGAACUGAGGAGUAAAAGUGUGUACACAUAUAAUAUACCCUUACAUUAUGUAUGAGGGAUUUUUUUAAAUUAUAUUGAAAUGCUGCCCUAGAAGUAUAAUAGGAAGGCUAAAUAAUAAUAACCUGUUUUCUGGUUGUUGUUGGGGCAUGAGCUUGUAUAUACACUGCUUGCAUAAACUCAACCAGCUGCCUUUUUAAAGGGAGCUCUAGUCCUUUUUGUGUAAUUCACUUUAUUUAUUUUAUUACAAACUUCAAGAUUAUUUAAGUGAAGAUAUUUCUUCAGCUCUGGGGAAGAUGCCACAGUGUCCUCCUGAGAGAACAUACUUGCUUUGAGUCAGGUUGUGGGCAAGUUCCUGACCACAGGAAGUAAAUUGGCCUCUUUGAUACACUUUGUUUGCCUCCCCAGGAAAGAAGGAAUUGCAUCCAAGGUAUAUAUAUUCAUCGAAGUUUUGUGCUUCUCCUUAUGAAACUCCACCUAUGUAAUAAAAAACUAUACUGUGUGUUCUGUUAAUGCCUCUGAGUGUCCUACCUCCUUGGAGAUGAGAUAGGGAAGGAGCAGGGAUGAGACUGGCGUUGGUCACAGGGAAAGAUGUGGCCUUUUGUGAUGGUUUUAUUUUCUGUGUUAACACUGUGUCCUGGGGGGCUGGGAAGUCCCCUGCAUCCUAUGGUACCCUAGUAUUGGGACAGCAAAAGCCAAUAACCAUGAGUAUGAGGAAAUCUCUUUCUGUUGCUGGCUUACAGUUUCUCUGUGUGCUUUGUGGUUGCUGUCAUAUUUGCUCUAGAAAAAAAAAAAAAAAGGAGGGGAAAUGCAUUUUCCCCAGAGAUAAAGGCUGCCAUUUUGGGGGUCUGUGCUUAUGGCCUGAAAAUAUUUGUGAUCCAUAACUCUACAUAGCCUUUACUCAUAUUAUUAGGCACACUUUCCCCUUAGAGCUCCCUAAGUUUUUCCCAGACAAAUCUUUAUAAUUUCUUUCCAAAGAUAUCAAAUGAACUUCAGUGUUUUCAUCUAAUUCUUUUAAAGUUGAUACCUUAAUAUUUUGUGUUGAUCAUUAUUUCCAUUCUUAAUGUGAAAAAAAUGUAAUUAUUUAUACUUAUUAUAAAAAGUAGUUGAAAUUUGCACAUUUAAUUGUCCCUAAUAGAAAGCCACCUAUUCUUUGUUGGAUUUCUUCAAGUUUUUCUAAAUAAAUGUAACUUUUCACAAGAGUCAACGUUAAAAAAUAAAUUAUUUAAGAACA